AUGAGCCGGCUUCGUGUGACGCCGAAGGGCAAGGUGAAAAAGAAUAUCCCUGUCACCCGGGUGGGGAAGAAGCAGUACCUCAAGCGGCGCUUUGCCCACGUUCGCCGCGUGGAUGUGGCUGGCGCGAACAAUCACUUUACGCAAAAGUACUUUGAUGGCUCCAACACCGCCGCGCAGAACUUCACUCGGCUCGGUCUUGCAACGGACCCGAGUGCCCCCAAGGCCAUCGUGGAACUGCGCAAGAAGCAGGUGCGGCCAAAUUCGCGUCGUCGCCUAGAGGAGGAGGACGCGCUGGCAGAGCAGAAGGCACAGCGGCAAAAGUCCCGUGUCGGUAGGCCCGUCAGUGAGGCGGAGGGCACCACCAUGGUGAACCUGAUCCAGAAGCACGGCACGGACUUCAAGGCGAUGUCGUUUGACCGCAAACUCAACCCGUUUCAACUUAACCCGCGUCAGCUGCAGCGGCAGGUGGUGAAUUACCUCCGCUGGCACCAGGCCGCCUUUCCAGCGGCGUUUGCGGAGGCCGAGGCCAAAGGUUGGUUCUCCCUCGCCGAGUACAGUGACCCGAGACAUAGGUUAGGAAAGAAGUGA